AUGACGGACACAGGAGAAGCUUCCCCGUCGACCUAUGUGUCGCCAUUCCACAAGACCAUAAGCUCCCUACCCAAGCCAACGUCGGACUUGCUCCGCUCCUACGCACACAUCCCGACCGAAGAGCAAGCCGAGCACGUCACCAAGAUACGCGACGAGGCAUAUGCUCGAUUCCCAUACCCAUGCAUUGGCAAUUUCCGCUUCCUCGAUCUCGACUUGGCAUCUCAUCACGCCUACCAAGAACACGUACUGUCACCCCUGAGCCGUCCAGCAGUGGACCAUGAUCCAGAGCCCCUCUUCCUCGAUCUAGGCACAUGCUUCGGCCAGGACAUCCGAAAGCUCAUCCACGACGGAGCACUAGUCCAGAGGGUGUGGGGCAGUGACAUUGAACCAGCCCUGAUCGACCUUGGCUUUGACAUGUUCAGAGACGCCGACAGGUUUUCACGGGACCGGUUCCUCUGUCCGGGCGAUUUGUUGACGAAUUCGCUCGAAGACCGACUCAGGGUCUUCAAUGACAGGGUCACCAUCUUGCACAUGACGGCCGUCUUUCAUCUCUUCAACUUGGAGGACCAGAGGGUCGUGGCGGAUCGCUGUCUAAGGCUACUGAGAAAGGACACCUCGUCACCGAUGCUCGUUCUGGGAGGGCAGGCAGGAAGUGCCAAGGCAGGCCACUACCUCCGGCAGAACUUGACUUCGGAAUGCAGCCACAAGUAUCGCCACAAUGAGCAGAGUUGGGAGCAACUGUGGAAGGAAGUCUGCGGGAGAGAUGAGUGGAGAGGCAAGAUCAAGACUAUGGAGGUGAAGUCGAAACUACUGACUCGGGUCCGGGGUGACAGCGAUAAUCCUAGCACGUCAGUAAGUUACAAGGAGCCGGGGGCCGAUAGUGGUGAGAUGCUGUGGCACAUGUUUGAGGUAUGGGUGACGUUCACGUAG